AUGCAGGAGGCGAGCGGUGAUUGGUUAAUAGUAACGGGUUUGUUUCCGUUUUGGUGCAGGGGUGGGCAAUUUCCGGUAGACCCCUUUAGAGAGUGGCUAGAAGACAGAAGAAGGGGUGAGAGAUUUGAUAAGAAAGUGCUGAAACCAUUUUUCAGUAAUUCAAGCUGAGGGGUGAAGAAUUGAAAACUUGUGAAGGACAAUAGACAUGAUGGGUUUAACAAAGCUGAUUCUGUAUUUGACCAUGUGUGGUGUUUAUGCUCUGAGCAAACCCACUGAAAAGAAGGAUCGUACCUUCCAUGAGAAGGAGCUGAGUGACAAGGUGCAUGAUGACUCUGAGAACUUUGAAUACGACCACGAUGCCUUCCUUGGAGCUGAGGAGGCAAAGACAUUCGACCAGCUCACUCCUGAGGAGAGCAAAGAAAGGCUUGGAAUGAUAGUAGAUAAAAUAGAUGAGGAUAAGGACGGAUUUGUGACGGAGGCAGAGCUGAAGGCCUGGAUAAAGCGGGCUCAGAAGAGGUACAUCUUCGAGAAUGUUGGGCGCCAGUGGCCAGAUUUCGACAGUAACCAGGAUGGGCUUGUCUCCUGGGAGGAAUACAGAAACGUAACAUACGGCUACUACCUGGAUGACGUGGAUGCUGAUGAUGGCUACAACUACAAACAAAUGAUGGCAAGAGAUGAGCGUCGGUUCAAAAGGGCUGACCAGAAUGGUGACCUGUUUGCCACAAAAGAGGAGUUCACUGCCUUCCUGCACCCAGAAGAAUAUGACCACAUGAAGGACAUUGUCGUGCUGGAAACCAUGGAAGAUAUCGAUAAGAAUGGAGAUGGAUUCAUUGAUCUGGAGGAGUAUAUUGGUGAUAUGUACACUGCAGACAGCGAUGGCCAUGAGCCAGAGUGGGUCAAAACUGAGCGUGAGCAGUUCACUGAGUUCAGAGACCGCAACAAAGAUGGUAAAAUGGACAAGGAUGAAACCAAAGACUGGAUCUUGCCAGCUGAUUAUGACCAUGCUGAAGCCGAGGCACGCCAUCUUGUCUACGAAUCUGAUGAAAACAAGGAUGGAAAACUCACCAAAGAAGAAAUAGUCAAAAAGUAUGACCUGUUUGUGGGGAGCCAGGCCACAGACUUCGGAGAGGCCUUAGUAAGACACGAUGAGUUCUAAGCAUGUAGAUAACUACUGCGGAGAACGAACAAGAAUCCAUUCCAUAAAGAAGGGAUAAUUUAUUUUUUACAACUUGCUGUUUAACUCGAUGUUCUGUUCUCAGGUUGUUAAAUGAGCUUUAUUCAGAAGCAGAGGAGGAGGGUUGGUGGCUGAAAAGAAGCAGCCAUCUUGUGCCUGGAGAGUGAUGUGUAAUUACUGAUAUAUAUUUACUUCCCAUGUAUGUGUAGAACCUAACUACAUUUAUUUUUGUAUUUCUUUUUUUCUUCUUUGAUUGGAUGACUUCAGAACUUCUAAUCCCAUGCAGAGCCUAUUUAACUUGCAGAAAAGUCCAAGACCUGCUUCAUAGCAGUCCAGAACAAUUGCUUAUGUAUAAAAUUGAGAAAUGCUUCGAUUAUGGAAGUGUUUUUUGAUCAGACCACUCAUUUAUACCUUAACAGCAGGUGUCUUUGUGCAAUUUGUGCAAUUACCAUUUUGGGGCUCAAGCUAAUGUGUGUGUAUAUACACCAGCACUGGGAACCAGAUACACCUUCAGUAAAUUACCUUGGCUAUCUGUUACAUUUGUGUUUAUAGAGCAUUCCACCAUCCUGUAAUGUACUGCAACAAGGUGAGAAGGAGUAGAAUCAUUCUAUUAACAUAUAUGAAAUUGAAGGCCAGAAAAAACAAGCUGGUCCAUGAGGCUGCCCCAUAUUUCGUGAUGGCUGGAGCAUUAUAACUAAACACUUUUCACCCUGUUUUCUAUCCCCCUCCUUGAGCCAUCAUGUAAUUUCCCUGCCUAGGUGAUCACAUGGACAGAAUAUCUGUAAAGAUACUUGCCUUCCAUAUGAUGCAAUCUCUGGUCAAGAACCAGUUAGGCUCCCCCCAUUGAAAGCAUAUUAAUUAUAAUAAAUAUUGAUCACGUUAAUAAACAUCAUAUACCUUUUUUUAUCUGACCUCUGAGCCUUUUACUGGCCUCAUGCCGCCUUCUAUAGAUUAGUAUAUUAAAGUUUAGAAAUAAAUAGUAUACUAUGUUUUUAACCCAAGUGGCAAUUGUUCUAAGGCAGGUUAAUCUCCUCACUGGGAUAGGGGCAGGUGGUCCAUUCUGCUGAUCAUCAAACUAAGCAGGCAUCCCUCAGAGAAGUAUAACUUUGUCCAAGGUUAACAUGAAGUAUUGCCCUAUAACUUUGCUGGUCAUUUUGUUGUCCUAUAUUUACCAUCCUGUGUUUUGAGGAGAAAAUGUAUAUUUGGAGAGAUUUAAUAUAAACAUUCACAGAAGUGACAUACUAUUAAAAAAGCACCUGCAUCUGUUCACCAAGUAAAUUCAGUGUUAUUUGUGCACACAAUGAGACGUGUAGUUGAUUCUUCUUAGUAUUAGUGCAUUUAUGUGCACAUGGUGAUUGCAUUCUUCUUGUUCAGUCCACGUUGUUGGAUGAAAAACAGAAAAGGCUGGAAACACUCAGGAGAUCAGACAGCAUCAUUGUGGAAAGAAACAAUCAAUGUUUUGAGUGGAUGACCUUUAAUUUGAGCUGGAAAACAAAAGUUGGCUGCUGUUGAUGGUGCUUCAGAUUAGUUUGAGUUUGGGGCUAUGAUUUGCAUUCUUUGCAUUUGACUAAAUUGGUGUUCAAAAGGUGAUGGUACUGUGUAAGGUUUCGGAACAAGACAUGAGUCUUGUGAAUGUGAGUGGAAGAAUUCACAAGUAACAAUCAUUUGUGGGGAUUGAGGGAAGGAAACAUGCAUCAAAGCUACUGCACGACAUUUAGUGUGGUUUCCUUUUUGUGUGUAUGAUAGAAGUUAAACUCACCAACAAUGUGGUGUGGUUAGCCUGCAGACUGCAGAGGCAUGUGCUUAAAAUUCUUAGUAUCUUUGGUGUUUCAAACUACACACCAUAUUAGGAAUAGCUAUAGUCUGACAUUUUCCUACUGCAGUUUGUCUAGCCUGCUUGAAGCAAUAUUCACGUAUUAAUCAAUUGUGGGAUUCUUUCCUUGCCCCUGCUGUGCCAGCCAUACAUCAGUCAGAAUUUGAAAGCAAAGGCAGUUACCUUUUCCAGUGAGAGCUGUUGUCAGUAACCAUUGCAUCCAAAACAUUGACCAGUCUUUCUUGUUGAUUGAGUUGAAGAUCUAUCAUUUCCUUGCUUACCUUAUUUGUUGCACCACUAAAACUUUAUGCUGCAGUGUUUUGUCUGUCUUCCAUGCGCUCUCUUCCCAAUUCCUGUAUCAAAGUAAUGAUAUGAUUUUGAUUACAUAGAUAUGAGGGCACCAAAACAGGCCAUUUAGUCCAACUGGUCUGUGACACUGAGGAGUUACCCAUGCCCGUUAGUCAAGUGCCCAAUUCAGAGCAUUGGAUUCAGUCUCCACAUUCACUAAAGCUCUUGAAGGGAAAAUUGGAUUCAUGUUCUCCAACUGUGCAAUUUUUGUUUUCCUCCCUGCCCCUGUCAAGUGAUGUCAAAUGUUGACUUCUAAUCUGUGUUUUGACAGUUGAAGAGUCAUUUCUGUUUGACACAGUUCCAAAUGUGGCUCCUGGAGAUAUCUAACUGUCAAUCACUUUUCACUUCACAUUGAGCUGAUUGCAUAACAAGGAGAGCGACUAGACUCCGACAUCUUUUUUUAUAUAUGAAAGAGAAUCUUAAUAGACAUCAUCUCCUUUGGAUGCCUGGCUUGAGGUUGAGCCUCUAGUGUAAGACCAUCUCCUUCCCUUGCAUCGUACCACAGCAAUUUUGAUGAUCUCUCCCUGGUUUAACCAGACAUUGGAGUCUUUCUCUCAGUAAAUGGAUUUCUUUUCAAAAUUGUAUUGUGCGACAGUUCAGGCAGUAACAUCCAGUUACGGACUGGAAUCUAAUCAAGGUUUGUAUUAUGUUUAUAGAUAGCAUAAAGGAUAUCUGCGAGUGAGUUAUAGGCUGGGCUAACAGAUACCUGGAAGAGACUUAGAGGCUGAAAUCUGACUGGGGGGUUUCAAAAGAAUGCCUGGAAUUGUAGUAAUUAACUUCAGUGGAGUAAUUUUAUAGUUCAUCGUUCUGCUUUUAUACCAACAGCACCAUGAUUUUAGUAUGUGAUUGAAACUUUAUACCCUCGCCCUCAGAACCCUGUGUAAUGUAGCCAACCUCCCUGCCAUGCAGCACAAGUGGAUUAGAUUGUUUUCUUGUUGGAGAUGAAGUUAAUACAUUUAGAUUUUGUAAAAUUUCCUUUUUAAAUAUUAGUUAAAUCUAGUCCAGUUGUUACAAACCUCUUUUAUUCAACAUCUAUAUCAGUGAAUUGAGAGAUUUGUAUGUGUUUUUAAAGAAAAGAUCAUAAAUAACAUUUCCACCCAUGCUCGAGGGCAAUUUAGAAUGUCUGCACUGGGAUGUCAUGUCUCCAGAAUUGAAUAGCUGUCGGCACUUAAUACCUGUAGCUGACUCUGGUUACAUGGGAAAGGUAUUAAUGGACAACUAUUGUCUUAAAAAUGUGUCCUAGGAAGAAUCAGCACUUUGUAAGCAGAGAAAACUAAAGGAGAAAGAACCAACAGAUGGCUUAGUUUCAGAUGGGGGUCCAAAUCUGUUGCUCCAUCUAAUCUGAGUGCAUCAUGUGCUGGUGGGAGAGGCAGGUGCACAUGUUUGUAAAUUAAACUGCUUUUAUCAUGUGACAGGGAAGGUGUGAUCUUGGAGGAAAAUCAGUUGCAGUGUGGCACUGGGAUUUUCAGCACGUUUGCUAUAUGUUUUCACAAGUCAAUUUAAACAUCCAGUUUUGCUGCCUGUGGCCAUAGGGCAGGUCUGAGCUGCCACUCCCAUUCGAAGUGUCAGUAAACUCAUGUUUUUGAUAUGUCUACAUUAGUACAUUUUCUUUGUGUAAGAUGUUUUGCCUGUGUCUGCUUUGAAUUGACUUCUAAUCCUCAAUAAAGUGUUUUUUAAGUAAA